AUGGAGCUGCUGCUAACAGUCGCAUUAGCUUCCUUGCUCCUCCACGUAGCAAGAGCCACCGUCGACAACACCACCGUCGUUUAUGACUGCGAGGUUCUUCGUAGCCGUAGCAUACGACUGCCACGGCCGUGUGCUAACCACACGAUGGGAGCUUACGUCUCCGACGGCGACGGACCAACGACGGGUGUUCCGACGAACUGCAGCUUUCUCAGCGUGCCGGUGCGCUUGUUCCGUGACGACGGAAAGCCGGCCCCUCAUCGCUACGACUACGAGGGACUGAUCAGCGAUGGGUUCCUCUUGGAGUGGACGGCGGUGGGAGACUGCGCUGCGUGCAAACGGAGCGGAGCAGAGUGCAGGUAUCGACGGUACGGCCAGGAAGAUAAUCAUAGGUAUGCCAAAAAUCAAUUAGCACAAAGUAAGCUUGGAAAAGGCAGUUAUGGUACAGUUUUCAGCGGAAGGCUGGACGAUGGUCAUCUUGUCGCUGUUAAAUUAUUGCACCUCUCCAAAGGAAAUGGAGAGGACUUUGUGAAUGAGGUCAUGAGCAUUAGCAGAACAUCCCAUGUUAACAUUGUUAGCUUGCUUGGAUUUUGUUUGGAAGGUUCGAAACGAGCUCUUAUAUAUGAAUACAUGCCAAAUGGUUCUUUAGAUAAGUAUAUUUAUGCAGAGAACCACAUAGGAAUUUUAGGAUGGGACAAACUGUAUAAAAUUGCAAUUGGAAUUGCCCGUGGGCUAGAAUACUUGCACCAUAGUUGCAACACACGUAUUGUUCAUUUUGAUAUCAAGCCUCAAAACAUCCUUCAGGACAAAGAUUUCUGCCCAAAGAUUGCAGACUUUGGUCUAGCCAAAUUGUGUGGCACAAAAGAGAGUAAGCUUUCAUUGACUUAUCCUAGGGGAACAAUUGGCUUUAUUGCCCCUGAAGUUUUCUAUCCAACUUUUGGAAAUGUCUCAACAAAGUCAGAUGUUUAUGGUUAUGGAAUGAUGUUGCUGGAGAUGGUCGGAGGCCGGAAAAAUGUCGAAGCGAUGGAUGAGAACUCCAGUAAAAUGUAUUUUCCAGAUUGGAUUUAUGACCACUUUGCUCAAGAUGAUGGAUUACAAACCUAUGAAAUCGGAAGCGAAUUUGAGGAAAUGGCAAAGAAGAUGACCUUAAUUGGUUUAUGGUGCAUACAAUUAUUACCUAUGUACCGUCCUACAAUAACGAACGUUUUGGAUAUGUUCGGGAGGAGAUUAGAUGAAUUAGACAUGCCACCAAAGCAAAACUUAUGUCAAAUAAUCGAAGAUUCAGCUCACAAUUUGAGUGCAGAAAAUGCAAGUGCUACAAACCCUAGUAACGCAAAGGUGCCUUCAGGUUGUGGACAGCCUGGUGCAAGGAUGAUAGUGAAACCACUUAUUAGGCCUAAGCCUGGGUUUGCUUAG